GUGACGGAGCGAGCGGCUGUUGGAGGAAGGAGGUGGGGGCCGGGAGUGCAAAUGGCGUUGAGAUGGUUCAGGGCCCUGUUCAAACUCCAGCGCUGACCAUUCACCGGCGGAAACGGCGGCGCAGGAGGCGGCGGCGGCCUAGCGGGGGCACGUAGCGGGCUCCGGUACCGGCUCCGGCGGCGGCGGCGGCCAGGGAGGCCUAGGCCCGGGCCCGGCCGGUGGCGCUCAAGGCGGGGAGGGAAGUUGCGGUGCCGCCGCUCCUCCCCCCCCUCCUCCACCGGGUUUCCUAUUUACCCAGAGCGGAGUCGCGGGUUCUGACGGUGGCGGAGCCCCUUGCCUCUCUUCCCGCACAAGCCGGCCCUGUUCUCCCGCGCGGGGCUCCCGCGCCCGUCCGUGGGCCGUUGGGAGCAGGAGAGGCGGAGGCGGCCCGAGGCCAAAGCACCCGCCAGGCGCCGAGGAGAAUAUGAAACAGGUGUCAAAAUGACAUCCAGAUUUGGGAAAACAUACAGUAGGAAAGGAGGAAAUGGCAGUUCAAAAUUUGAUGAAGUCUUUUCCAACAAACGGACCACCCUUAGCACAAAAUGGGGAGAGACCACAUUUAUGGCUAAAUUAGGGCAGAAGAGGCCCAAUUUCAAACCAGAUAUCCAAGAAAUUCCGAAGAAACCUAAAGUGGAAGAAGAAAAUACUGGAGAUCCUUUUGGAUUUGAUAGUGAUGAUGAGUCUCUACCAGUUUCUUCAAAGAAUUUAGCCCAGGGUAAGGGUUCCUCUUACUCAGAAUCUAGUGAAGCUGCUCAGCUGGAAGAGGUCACUUCUGUACUUGAAGCUAAUAGCAAAAUUAGUCAUGCAGUGGGUGAAGACAGUGUUGUAUCUGAUAAAUGCUUACAUUUGGAAGAAACUUUGGUUGGGAAAGAAAAGAGCACAAACCGUAUCGUAGAAGAUGAUGCAAGCAAAAGUAGCUGUGCUAAAUUAAUGACUUCAGAUAAAAUGGAGAAUUUUAGUGAAGAAUAUGAAAAGAAUAGUCACCAUAUUUACAAAAAUGCUGAAGAUAGUACUAAGAAACCCAAUGCAGAAACAACUGUAGCUUCUGGAUACAGAGCUGAUGAAAUCAAGGAAACAAAUGAUACUUGGAACUCCCAACUUGGAAAAAGGUCAGAAUCUCCAUCAGAAAUAUCUCCCAUUAAGGGAUCUGUAAGAACUGGUUUGUAUGAAUGGGAUAAUGAUUUUGAAGAUAUCAGAUCAGAAGAUUGUAUUUUAAGUUUGGAUAGUGAUCCUCUUUUGGAGAUGAAGGAUGAGGAUUUUAAAAACCGGUUGGAAAAUCUAAAUGAAGUCAUUGAGGAAGACAUCGUGCAAAGUGUUCUUAGGCCAAGCAACUGUAGGACGUACUGUAGGGCCAAUAAAGCAAAAUCCUCACAAGGAGCAUCAAAUUUUGAUAAGCUAAUGGACGGCACCAGUCAGGCCUUAGCCAAAGCAAACAGUGAAUCAAAUAAAGAUGGCCUGAAUCAGGCAAAGAAAGGCAGUGUAAGUUCUGGGACCAGUUUCAGAGGGACGGUUGGACGGACUAGAGAUUACACUGUUUUACAUCCAUCUUGCUUGUCAGUUUGUAAUGUUACCAUACAGGAUACUAUGGAACGUAGCAUGGAUGAGUUCACUGCAUCAACCCCUGCAGAUUUGGGAGAAGCUGGCCGUCUAAGAAAAAAGGCAGAUAUUGCGACUUCUAAGACCACUACUAGAUUUCGACCUAGUAAUACUAAAUCUAAAAAGGAUGUUAAACUUGAAUUUUUUGGUUUUGAAGAUCAUGAUGAGACAGGAGGUGAUGAAGGAGGUUCUGGGAGUUCUAAUUACAAAAUUAAGUAUUUUGGCUUUGAUGAUCUCAGUGAAAGUGAAGAUGAUGAUGAAGAUGACUGUCAAGUGGAAAGAAAGACAAGCAAAAAAAGAACUAAAACAGCUCCAUCCCCCUCCUUACAGCCUCCUCCUGAAAGCAAUGAUAAUUCCCAGGACAGUCAGUCUAGUGCUAAUAAUGCAGAAAACUUGGAUUUUACAGAGGACUUGCCUGGUGUGCCUGAAAGUGUGAAGAAGCCCCCAAAUAAACAAGGAGAUAAAUCAAAAGAAAACACCAGAAAGAUUUUUAGUGGUCCCAAACGGUCUCCUACAAAAGCUGUAUAUAAUGCCAGACAUUGGAACCAUCCAGACUCAGAAGAGCUACCUGGGCCACCAGUAGUAAAACCUCAGAGUGCCACAGUGAGGCUGUCUUCAAAGGAACCAAAUCAAAAAGAUGAUGGAGUUUUUAAGGCUCCUGCACCACCACCCAAAGUGAUAAAAACUGUGACAAUACCUACUCAGCCCUACCAAGAUAUAGUUACUGCACUGAAAUGCAGAAAAGAAGACAAAGAAUUGUAUACUGUUGUUCAGCAUGUGAAGCACUUCAAUGAUGUGGUGGAAUUUGGUGAAAAUCAAGAGUUCACUGAUGACAUUGAAUACCUGCUAAGUGGCUUAAAGAGCACUCAGCCUCUAAACACACGUUGCCUUAGUGUUAUUAGCUUGGCUACUAAAUGUGCCAUGCCCAGUUUUCGAAUGCACCUGAGAGCACACGGAAUGGUAGCAAUGGUCUUUAAAACCUUGGAUGAUUCCCAGCACCAUCAGAAUCUGUCCCUUUGUACAGCUGCCCUCAUGUACAUACUGAGUAGAGAUCGUUUGAACAUGGAUCUUGAUAGAGCUAGCCUAGAUCUAAUGAUUCGACUUUUAGAACUGGAACAAGAUGCUUCUUCAGCUAAGCUACUGAAUGAAAAAGACAUGAACAAAAUCAAAGAAAAAAUUCGAAGGCUCUGUGAAACUGUACACAACAAGCAUCUUGAUCUAGAAAAUAUAACGACUGGGCAUUUAGCUAUGGAGACCUUGCUGUCCCUUACUUCUAAACGAGCAGGAGACUGGUUUAAAGAAGAACUCCGGCUUUUGGGUGGUCUGGAUCAUAUUGUAGAUAAAGUGAAAGAAUGUGUGGAUCAUUUAAGUAGAGAUGAAGAUGAAGAGAAACUGGUAGCCUCAUUAUGGGGAGCAGAGAGAUGUUUACGAGUUUUAGAAAGUGUAACAGUGCAUAAUCCAGAGAAUCAAAGCUACUUGAUAGCAUAUAAAGAUUCACAACUCAUUGUUUCUUCAGCUAAAGCAUUACAGCAUUGUGAAGGAUUGAUUCAGCAGUAUAAUCGUGCUGAGAACAGCAUAUGCUUACCUGACAGUAAGCCUCUGCCUCACCAGAAUGUAACCAACCACGUGGGCAAAGCAGUAGAAGACUGCAUGAGGGCCAUCAUUGGGGUAUUGCUCAAUUUAACUAAUGAUAAUGAGUGGGGCAGUACCAAAACGGGAGAACAGGAUGGCUUGAUUGGCACAGCAAUGAACUGUGUGCUUCAGGUUCCAAAGUACCUACCUCAGGAGCAGAGAUUUGAUAUUCGAGUGCUGGGCUUAGGUCUACUGAUAAAUCUAGUGGAGUAUAGUGCUCGGAAUCGGCACUGUCUUGUCAACAUGGAAACAUCAUGUUCUUUUGAUUCUUCCCUCUGUAGUGGAGAAGGAGAUGAUAGUUUAAGGAUAGCUGGACAAAUUCAUGCCGUUCAGGCUUUAGUGCAGCUUUUCCUUGAGCGAGAACGAGCAGCCCAGUUGGCAGAAAGUAAAACAGAUGAAUUGAUCAAAGAUGCUCCCACCACUCAGCAUGAUAAGAGUGGAGAGUGGCAAGAGACAAGUGGAGAAAUACAGUGGGUAUCAACUGAAAAGACUGAUGGUACAGAAGAGAAACAUAAGAAGGAGGAGGACGAUGAAGAACUUGACCUCAAUAAAGCCCUUCAGCAUGCUGGCAAACACAUGGAGGAUUGCAUUGUGGCCUCAUACACAGCGCUACUUCUUGGGUGUCUCUGCCAGGAGAGUCCAGUAAGUAAUAGUUCAGUAUUGUUUUAUGUGUCUUAAAAAGAUUGCAUUGUGACAACUUUGUACCAUUACCUAAUUAACUUAUGUA